GACGGCUACACAUUUCAAAAUGCAAUUUAGUAAUCUUGUAUACUAUUUACACAGUAGAUCUUUGCAUGUUCAUGUUUUUUUUUCUUGAACAUGCACAUAACACGAGUUAUGUCACAUGUUAGUCACAGUUCUGCAUGUCCAAAAAGGAGUAGGAAGAAGCAAAGCAAGGAGUAGGAAGAAGUAAAGCAGGAGUAGGAAGAAGCAAAAGGUUUGGUUUGCGCUUACCCACAUAUUGCAGAUUUUUUUUGUAUCAAUAAUCAGUCACAUUUUCCAGCAGGAAGAUGCUUUGACAAGGCAUGAUGUUGUAUAACUGCACGUUUUGCAAGCACUAUACUGUAUACCUGUAAAUGUUUCUUAAUGUGUAAAACUGAAUUUUAAAAAAAUGUAUUUAAUAACUGUGAGAGGCAUGUUAUAGGGGUUAGAACAGAGGUGUCACACUCAAUCGCACACAGGGGUCCAAAAGUCAAAGCCGACUUAAGGUUGCGCCCCGCCAAACAUGACAGGACAUACCCCAGUAAUCCAGGCUCCAAAAAUUAGUAUUUAUUAUGGUCAGAUUUUGAGAAAAAGAUAAGUAAGCACCCUACAUACCUUUUAUCCCAGUUUCCCGCACAUGCAGUGCAGGGAUUGGGACAUACCAACUUUGCAUACCAAUAUAAUGCACCAAAUAGAUGUGGUUGUGUUUUGAGAAAAAAGUAGCGUCUUAUACACCGGAAAUUUCAUUCAAACAUCUUUCAGGGGCCGUACAUUUGAGCUUUUACUAUUGCCAUAUAGACCUGAUCAUGCAUUUCAUCAGCAAUUCCAGAAAGAAUAAUGUGUCCAGUCAACAUCUUCCUUUCUUUCAACUCCCAAGUUUUUCACUGUGUCCUUUCAUUUCACCUUAGCCGUAAUCCUCUGUAGCCAUUUCUUCUGCAGUGAGUGGGUGUGCAAUUAUAAUUGCAGAUUGCUCGCUUGAUAACAUGCAUCUCUCCUCACGCAGAGAGACACACAGUGGGGUCAUUGGGUUGUAGACCUGAAAGCCUUUCAUCCUUUCGUUGAGUCUUUUUUAGAGUGGGAGUAAGCUGCAUGAUUACGUCGUUAAUGACCAAAGGCUUCUGAAAGUCAUAUCGGCAUUUUGAUUGCUUCCUUUUCAAGAGUUUUUAUUAAAGUGCUGUGGGAUACCGCAGCCCAGUGCGUUAUCACCUAAUCAGUCAUCUCGGAGCAGCGGCAGCAAGGCCGACUGGUGUGAGAUGUAGACUGUGGGAUGCAUUGUGUUACUGUCUCACUGUUUGCUUAAUGGGUCCGGCAGUGGAGAGGAUGGCUCUUCAAAAGAGAUGAAAGCCUCUGGGAAAUAUGCCAAUUUUUUUCCCUUUUUUUUGCCACUUCUCUCCACACGCUGACAUACACAGUCAAGAGAUGUGUUGCCAAAAACCACACAGUCUGCUUUUGUUUGCAGGUUGCAUUUUUUCAUGCAUUAAUUUUGAUGAUUUUCAUGACUCUUCAGACGUCAGGGUCAUAUCAUCAAAUAGCGUCCUUCGCUAUAGUAGACAUUGGUAGCAAUUAGAAGUAGUUCUGAAUUAAAGGAGAUGUCACAAGAUUAGAAUAUAGCCAGAAAUUAGCCGCACCGCUGCAUAAGCUGCAGGGUUCAAAGUUUAAGAAAAAUGUAGCGGCUUAUACACUGGAAAUUAGGCAUGUCUCGAGUCACAUUUUUUGGCUUCCGAUCCGAUUUUUUUUAUAGUCAAACCUCUGUGAGUCAGGUCCCUAAAAUCCAAAGAAAGCUAAAAUUGGAAACAAUGGGCGUGCAGAAUACUUUUAGGGCAGGACUAAUCAUUUGACAUGGUUAUAGAUCAAUUUGUGGUGUGAUUUAGAAUAAUAAUAAUCAUUUAUUGACAGUUCCUAGUAUAAACAAUUAGCACUUCCCGUGCAAGCUCUCCGCACCAUGACGCAGAAGUCCGGCCACAGUGAGGGGACCUACUGCUGUAGCUACGGAGCCGAAUAUCCAACGUCCAACGUGAAACCAACUUCACCACGGUACACCUCAGAUAUGUCUGCAUGGUGGUGUUGCAUUUUCUUCUUGCGGGUGGCUGGAGUCGAGUGGCAACCAGCUUUGAGGCGCAUUACCGUACCUACCAUGUUGGAGUGUGGCCCAGAGUUACGAACAUUAUACGGCAACCGGACUAGCCCGAUUUGGUGGCGGAAGCCGAUUUUAUCCGACCUUCAAGAUACAGGGGAUUGGCAGCCUAUUCCGAUCCUGAAGAUCAGAUCAUCGGGACAUCCCUACCGGAAAUUGUUACAUUUUUUUUAACCAAAAAAUUUAGAACACCACCAGCUAGCAUAUGUUACCAGUUGUGAUUUAAAACAGAAGAUUGAACAAAAAAAAAGGUUUUCACAAUAACAAUUUCAACAGCACAGCAUAACGAUUGUCAUAAAUUGUCAUUCGGUGUGAAUAAAAUGACUAUUUGAUAUUCACGUACGCAUCUGUAGCGCAUACAUGCGCACACACACACACACACACCUACACACACACACACACACAAAAGCAGUCUCAGAGAAGCAUGUAAUUCUGUUGUUACGAUAGGCUGUACAUUGAAUGAUAGUGAAUGUGGUUAGCUAAACUUUGUCAAAUCGCAAAGUAUAACUAAUGCGCGUGCAUGUGUUACAUGAGGUUUGUUUGCAAGCUCAAAGCAGGAAGAGGAGGGGAAAUAGUGCUUGCAGUAUGUUAUGUGCGUUUUUUCGCCGUACAGCAGAACUACUACUAUAAACAUUGAAAGAAGUAUAAAUUAUAAAAGAACAAAACCAUGCCUUACCCGAACCACAUUCUGCCCCUGUGACACAUUUGCAGUAAAACCUUUCCUCUGAUUUUAUCAAGCCGAAAUGAAUUUAUUGGUGCUGUGAUGAGAAGAUUGGAUCAUUGAUAAAAAAAAAAAACAAAUUAUGCAAGUGUAGGCCUGUCACAAUAAUCAAUAAAUUGAUAAUCGCAUCAUACAUAAAAACGAAGUCGAUAAUUUUGCCGGUCUCGAUAAAUUGACUCGUGAACCCCUUGUGUCAAGUACAAUGUUUCUCACCCACCAUUCAUCCUAUCCUUCCAGCAGCACACCCACCGAGCACUUUGUGGAACAGGCCGGAGCUCUGUUUCACCUUGCUUAAAUUUGUGGAGGCACACGGCAAAACCACAAAAGUUAAGACGAGUUAAUGGAAACAGUAGCAGAAGAGCCAGCAUUUAUUGUUCCAUGCACUUCUCCUUCUCUGGGGUGAUCGUUUGGUUUAUUGGUGCAGAAGGGCUUCAGUCAACAUUAGCAUGAUAGCUGUCCGUCAGGACACAUCCACAUGGAGCUGUGACUUGCUCCAAUAACUGCUCCCAUACACACAAGGUCCUGAUUGUGGUUUUUAGUUUGGCCCUGUAUAAACAAUGCCUGCCCACUUCCUCAUUUUGGCAGUGCUUAGAUUUCUAUGGUGCCCAAAAAAGAAAGGAGUCAAAGGCUGUUUUGUGAUGUAAUAAAGAAUCAAAUUAAAGUGAGCAGGUUGUGUUAAAAGAGUGCAAGAUGACAGAUGAGGAAGAGUGAUGCAACAAAUAAACACAGAGGACAUUUAGUCAAGGCUGCGAGAGAAGAGUCUUCAUCAGUGAGAGAGUGCCUUGUCUCCUCCCUUCAGUGUUGUUGUACCCGAGCGGUUCUGAGCUCAGUCGUACAGCUUUCAUGUGACCACGCCGCCGCAGCAAGCUCACCUCCUUCGACACGCACCUUACAGAGUUGAGCGAGCCCCAUGCCACCUCCGCAGCCAUAGUGUCCGGCGAUGAAACGGUCCUUCUGACACCAGGCAGGAUGAGCCAGCGCCAGGUGAAGGAACGGGACAAGGACAAGGACAAGGAGAAGGAAAAGGAGGCAGGUCUCCAAACACCCAACCGGGAAAACAUAGCCUCUCCCUCCUCACUCAGCCCGGGUGUCAGCUAUAGCCACGGGUUCGAGAGAGGGAAGGAGGACCUUUUGUCUCUGCCUUUGAAAGAGGACUCACUUUCCAUAUCUAAAAGCAAGUCGGAAACAAAGCUGUACAAUGGCUCUGACAAGGAUGUUUCAUCGUCUGGAGGCAAGCUCACAAAGAAGGAGUCCCUUAAGGUCCAAAAGAAGAACUACAGGGAGGAAAAGAAGAGAGCAACUAAAGAGCUGCUCAGCACCAUCACUGAUCCUUCUGUUAUCGUCAUGGCCGACUGGCUUAAGAUCCGCGGAACCUUAAAGAGCUGGACCAAGUUGUGGUGCGUAUUGAAACCGGGGGUUCUACUCAUUUACAAAACCCACAAGAACGGCCAGUGGGUGGGAACGGUGCUGCUCAAUGCCUGCGAGCUCAUCGAAAGGCCCUCCAAGAAGGACGGCUUCUGCUUCAAGCUCUUCCAUCCUCUCGAGCAGUCCAUCUGGGCCGUCAAGGGUCCAAAAGGCGAAGCGGUGGGCUCCAUCACUCAGCCCUUACCCAGCAGCCACCUCAUCUUCCGUGCCGCGUCAGAGUCUGAUGGCCGCUGCUGGAUGGAUGCCCUCGAGCUGGCGCUGAAGUGUUCCGGCCUGCUAAAAAGAACCAUGAUCCGUGAGGGAAAGGAAGACACGAGCACCGUGACAUCUGGAGGAGACCAUUCCCUUAACUUUUACAGCCUCCUGCGUGCCCACAACAUGCAGUUCAACGACAGCGACCAUUUGAAAGACCCGGAUCUUUACUCUGACAAGUCCGACAGAGAGGGUGAGCAGGACCACGAGGAGUCUGACCCGGAAGGCUUGGAGAAGAGUGAGGAGAGCGACAGUGACACAUCGGAGCGGCAAGACGACUCGUAUAUUGACUUGGACCCCAAUGAACAUCUGCGGGAAACUUCUUACCUGGAGCAGUCACAUGAGGAAUUGGGAGAGGCCGGUGAGGCAGCCCAGACUGAGACAGUGUCCGAGGAGAACAAGUCUUUGAUCUGGACUCUACUGAAGCAGGUGCGGCCUGGUAUGGAUCUGUCCAAGGUGGUGCUGCCCACGUUCAUCCUGGAGCCAAGGUCCUUCCUGGACAAACUCUCCGACUACUACUACCAUGCAGACUUCCUGUCCGAGGCUGCAGUGGAGGAGAACGCCUAUAACCGGAUGAAAAAAGUGGUAAAAUGGUACAUCUCUGGGUUUUACAAAAAGCCAAAGGGCUUGAAGAAGCCUUACAACCCCAUUAUUGGAGAGACGUACCGCUGCAUGUGGCUCCACCAAAAGACGACCAGUAAGACCUUCUACAUCGCAGAACAGGUAUCCCAUCACCCACCUGUGUCAGCCUUCUAUGUCAGCAACAGGAAGGAUGGCUUCUGCCUCAGUGGUAGCAUCCUUGCCAAGUCCAAGUUCUACGGUAACUCCCUGUCAGCCAUAUUGGACGGCGAGGCUCGACUCACUUUUCUGAACCGAGGAGAAGACUAUGUGAUGAACAUGCCUUAUGCUCACUGUAAAGGCAUCUUAUACGGCACCAUGACAUUGGAGCUGGGGGGUCAGAUAACAAUCGGGUGUGAAAAGACAGGUUACAGUGCUCAACUUGAAUUCAAACUCAAGCCGUUCUUGGGAAGCAGCGACUGUGUCAAUCAGGUGUCCGGAAAGAUCAAGCUGGGAAAGGAAGUCUUAGCAACACUCGAGGGACACUGGGACAGUGAGAUCUUCAUUAACGACAAAAAGACCGGAACAGUGGACACCUUCUGGAACCCUACACCGGACCUGAGGCAAAGCCGUCUGACCCGCUGCACCGUCCCCCCAGAGGAGCAGGGGGAGUUUGAAUCCGAGAGAUUGUGGCAGCACGUGACUCGUGCCAUCAACAACAAGGACCAGACGGAAGCCACCAACGAGAAGUUCAUCCUGGAGGAAAAUCAGAGGAAGUCCGCACGAGAGAGGAAAGCCAAAUGCGAGGAGUGGAUCCCCACUUUGUUUGAGCAGGACCCCGUCAGUGGAGAGUGGCAUUACAAAUAUGCUGACACAAGACCGUGGGAUCCCCUCAACGACUUGAUCCAGUUUGAAAAAGACGGUUGCAUCCAGACCAAGGUCCGACACCGCACCCCUAUGGUACGUUCUGGCAGUCUUAUUAGUCUGAGUAACCAGGGGUCGCGGAGGGACAAUUGCAAGUGCCAGGUAACGGUGCCAAAGAGGAAACACAAGAGCGACAAGCCUAAAAGCCCCGAAAGUGGCUGCUCUUCACCAGAACUUGACCGCCAGGACUCUUCUGGAAGUGAAAGACAUAAAAGUAAACAUAACAGUCGUCUGCGUAAGAAGGGAGCAGACCUGAGUGAACUACAAAGUGCCAUUGAAUCCAUAAAGCAGACACAGGAGGACAUUAACAGGAGCAUGAGCGUGCUGCGGAGUCGCACCGCGAGCCGAGCAGAGGGCGCCUCCUUCCUGCAGCAGCGCGAUUACGUCGUCAUUGUGGCCCUCAUCCUCCUGCAGGUCCUGAUUAACUACGUCUUCAAGUAGCAGCCAUAACACACACACACACACACACACAGAUUGGUCAUCGCACAUUCCAAUGUGGGUCACAGACUUUUUUUUUUCCCACCCACAAAGUGAUGACAGCAUUGUCAAUUGAAUUUAAAGUCCCCUUCCCCCAAAACGUGAAACUAAAUAUAUUUAUUUCUAAGCAGUCCGUUCCAAAAUGCU